UUAGCCAUUGACAGAAUCAAGUUGUCGAGUAUCCGCGAAAUCCUUGGCUUCAUGGCUUUCUGGCUAGUCGAAACUGCCCCGAGUGACAUCAUAUCACCCGCGGAAGAAAAACUGGACUUUGAUGAUGCUACUCUACGAGGUAAGGAACGAUUUUUUCCUAUUCAGAUCCCAAGCGUUGUAAAAUAUCAAUUAACCUUAGGAAUGAAAUUCAACAUAUCACUCGCUAGCGCACUUGCGUAGCACUUGCUAAUAGUUUCACUGUUCAGUGUGGGAGAAGCGUUGCGUGACAAAACAAAGAACGGCUGUGGAGCAGACUACGUUAUCACGUGUUUCAUUCAAAUUAUCUUUAUGAACGAAUCAGUUUCGAGUAGAUAAUUAUUACUCGACUGUUUUCAUUCCACCUUUUCUCUUUUUCUCUCAGGGUCACCCAAUGACUUUUUUACUGAUAAGCCUGACUAUGAUAAGCGUUCCCACUCGUCUAAGAUAUCAGCAGUUUUUCUGCUAACUUACGUAUAUAAGAUUUACGGAGGGUGGUUUUUUCACAUUUUUAUUACUAAAGGUUUCCUGAAAGUUUCGGUAUAGAUACAAAAUGUCCUCCUUAAUCUUUUAAUGAAAGUGCGCCUACUCAAUGCCCUCAAACUUUCUACCAGACCUAUCAGGGUAGCUAACAGUUUCGACAAGAGACCUCAUUUUUCUCCCUUGGUUUUGAAUGAGACAGAAGAGGGGCCUAAAACUUUUGAGACGACCAUAGUCCCUUAAGACAUCUGAAUAGAUAAAUAGUUUUGAGGGCAGCUCCAAAUGAAUCAAACAGGUCUUAAAAGCAUAGAAAAAACCAUUUAAGACACUUUUGACGUACUUGGAAACAUUGGGUCGUAGGGUCUCGUAGGGUGACCCCUUUUCGCUUGUGUUUGUUACGCGAGCUAUUUCAGUCACGCAUGACCGUAGCCUAUUGAUAAGAACAAUUAUAGUACGAUGCACAUUUUUCGUCCCUUUCAUUGGCCGAGAGCCUAGCACGUGACCUGCAAAUAAUUGUCUUCAAAUAAUGGUCUGCUCAUGCGCAAUGUCGUCCAACUGUGUUUGGCUGCAAAUAAUAUAACAAUUCUGCUCAUUCUUAAAUGAAACCCGCUCUUGCGAUCGCUCUUGUGUGAAAAUGGUGCGCAAAAUGGCAGAUUUGAACUACUUGAAAAUAAGACAUCACGUCUUUACCACAUUCGACGCACGUAUAAGAAAUGUAAAAUGUAAAAAUAAAAAUGUUUAAAAUCCUCGAAAUAUAUUUCGCUCUUCGAGACUCGUCAGUCAGUACUUCAAGUUAUUCAAACACAUUCCUAGUCUCGGCAUUUAUAAUUUCUCAAAAAUGGCAGAUAUUCUUUAAAAAACGAACUCGGUGACCGAAUGAUAAAACAAUGAUUGAACUAGGUUACCGCAAAUUAUCGUGAUUUGUCAGUGACUCGCAGAUUAAUUAUUUGCCGCAGCCUUCAGCCUCGGCAAAUUAUUUAUCUGCUCGCCACUAACAAAUCACGGCAUUUUGCUCAACCUUGUCCAACAAUUGUUAAAUGCUUACGAGAAAUGUUAACUUAGGAAGCUUUUUAGUAAAACAUGGGCCAGUAUUUUGGCUUGGUCAAUAACGGCUGGAGUAUGCCAACUUUUUUAUUUCAGCUAUAGCAGAAGUGUACAGUGAUGAAGGAGACAAAGAAUUUGAGAAAGGAGAAUUCCACAACGCUGUGUAUUUCUACACGAAAGGAAUUAAAGUGAGAUGCAAGGAUGACGAGCUAAAUGCAAAGCUGUACCGGAACAGGGCGUCAGCUUAUAAACAAAUAGGUAAGAUCUGCGUACGUUUUCCCGUCUAAUUUGUACUUUAUCUCAUGAAGCAAAAGAUUUUUAUAACAUGUAAAUCGUAAACUGCCGCUUAUAAGUGCUGGGUUUAUACAUCUUCGCAAGGGGUUUUAGGUGGGCUUACAAACGGAGGGGCUAUAUCCGAAGGGGUGUGUAACUGGAAUAGAAAAGGCACUUCAAAACAAGCUAUAGCAGUGCUGAUCAAACUACGUUUUGCAUUACUGGUUUUAAAUUGAUAAGCUUCAUAACGUCAUAAUAAAUCGAAUUCAUUUCAAUAUAGCUGGAAAAGAAGCAAGAGGUGGUUAUAACCGAGGGACUUAUAAUUGGAUGUAUUUUUUUGUUGUUGUCUAUUGGUACAUGAGCCCUUUAUUUUCUUGGGGGGGAAGGGAGGGGGGCUUGUAAGCGGCAGUUUAGUUUUUAAGGUAAGCACAUAGACAUCUUUCAUAAUAGCGGCCAAUAGGCAAGUUUCGUAUUCCCCGACGGCCCCGGGACGAGCACGAUUGCGAGGCUAAUGCAGGUCAACUUCUAUACAAAAACAAAAACAAACAUCGGUAAUUUGCCGCGGAGUCGCUGGAAAACGAUAGAAACCUUAAAAAUGGUAAGCAAAAUUGCGGGAAAAGCUGAUCGUACUUAAUAGAAGAAAGAAAAAAGCGACGAAGCCAAAAGAAGAAGUAAAUUUUUAAGCUUGAAAAGAGUAAAGUUUGUUAAAAUGACAAUAUUCUGUUCCCUUUAAUUAUCUUACUUCUUUGUAUUCUAUUCUACUCUUGCGUAUAUCUGUAAAAUGGAGUUUAAACUGCUCAGUAUAUCUUCUGUAUAAAAUUAUGUGUUCGAGUUCUUGUCGAGUGAAAUGUGCGUACGUUUUUCUUUAUGUGACUGAAUAUUAGUUUGAUAAAUAAUGUAACCUAAUGUAAGAUUACGUAUAAAUAAACUAAUACGGUUUUAGUCAUCUUCGUUUAAACUGACUUAACUUCCUUACGGUGCAAAGAAUUUAUGCAGAGCGUCUGCCCAGUCGGUAUAUAUUUUUUUCAAAUACACAAGAUUUCGCAUUCGCUCCGUUAGAAAAAAUGUCAAUUAAAAAGAAGGUUUCAGUUUAACUUGCAAGCUUUCGACAAGUGCGUACACUCCAAUGGAAGGUAUGGCUUAAAGAAGUUUUAACCAGCACUGAAAAAACAAAACAACAUUAAAAUGGCUGCAGGGUAUAACCUUUUUUCAAGGAUUUUGAAACCAUCUUCGCAUUCUUAUUGAACUCACUCACCGCUGUUUGAAACAGUGAUUUCUCAAUCCUGUACGUAAGUUUUGAGACCUCCAAAACCUUUUAACGUUUCAAAUUUUUCUUUUUUUUCGCCAACUCAGCCGCAGUUUUCAUAUGUUUGUUUGUCUUCUUGGUGAGAAGUGACCCGCAUUAGCCUCGCUUUCGCGCAAAAACAAGCGCUCGUCCUAGGUCGUCCGGGAAUACGAAACUCGCCUAUUAAUACAUUCUUUUUAUAUGUAUGAUAAUUAGCAUUUCUGACCUCGUUAGCAUGUGCAAAAUACAAAAGAAUUCUUACUUUCAAACGAGGUCAGAAAGGCUAAUUAUCAUACAUCGGAGGUUAGAAAGACUAAUUCUCAUUGAUACAUAUAAAAGAAUGUAUUAAUAAGCCGCCAUUAUGAAAGAGGUCUAUUUGUAGAAGAAGUAACGAUGCUUUUAAGGUAUUACUUUUAGAAGAAGUGUUCUGAAUUACAGUAUACACGAUAAAAGAGUAAAAACUAGAUUACAAAUAAACGGUACAAGAACAAUUAAAAGCUAUUAAAUUUCAUGUUUGAGCUUAGAAUUAAAAUAUGAUUAUAAAAAAGUCCGUGACAAUGAAACGAAUAGAGCUGUUGUUGACGUGUAUUAGUUAAGAGCCAGGUUUCAUCUCAUUUUACUCAUUUCGUUGACUUUACACCGUGUUUUCCAUUGCCAGGGAAUGUUACGGACUCACUCGAUGAUGCAGAAGUUGCCGUUUUGUUGAAGCCCCAGCUAGUAGAAGCUUGUGAAGAUGGUAUGCUUUUUUGAGGGUUCAUUCAGUCAGGGAGCUGUAAUUAUCAUUAUAACGAUUUAGGAGCACAUAAAGACGAUGUAAGCAGCGCUCCAAGCUACGACGUUUUGGUCAACAUGGCGAGUAGAAAACAUCUGUAAAAAGAAAGGACCUUAUGGUCUUUAUAUGAAAAAGUUUGAGUGAGAUAAACAUUUACAUUCAAUACAAUUUACGGUCUAUUUUCAAUACAAUUUGCUUAUUUCGCACUCUUUUCCGGGUGUUAAAUAAAGCCUUGAAAUUUCGCGUGCACGUACUUCCGAAAAUGGGUAGCCAUUUCGACUCUUUCAAAUCUUUCAUGCAAUACUGCACAAAGUGCCUGUUUUGUUUUUGUUUUCUGGUGACCAAUUAGUUUACGUCUCGCAACCGUGUUAUAAUGGCGACUUUGAAAAAGAAUUGAGCUUGUCAAGCUCAAUUCUUUUUUCAAAAUGGCUGCCUUCGUGGAAAAAAGAGUUGUUAAAGGGGUUAGGUAGCUACAUCAGAAUUCUUUCACUAAUUAGUUGUUAGUCAAAAAAGGGUAAAACAUUGAAAAUACAAUAACCGACCGUGAGCUAGUUCCUUACGAAUAAUCCACAAAACUAACAUUUCAGUUUUCCUUUUCGAUACCGAUAGCCUGCGCCGAAGACGAAACUAAACUGUGGUUAAGUCCGUCUGCGAAACAGCGCCGAAAUCCUUUGUCUGGGCCAUCAACUGUUUACCAGAAUUUGAGAACGCGCUAUGAUUGGCGUAUUAAAAACGCCAUGGUCGACUUGCCAAUCAAGAUGAAAGGAACUGAUUUGAAACGCUCCCCCGGUAAUUCGUUGAGUCCGGUGGGGGUCCAGAAGCUGCUUCGCAGACGUUACUAACCGAGGUUAAAUUACGUCUGCGAUGCAGGCUACCAUGCCGACCAUCUUGCAACUGUUAACUUUUCACAUAGAUUAUUCUCCCUUUCUUUUCAUCGACCGCCAUAAAUUUUUUGUCAUGCUAAAUGAGCACUUAAGGAAACAUCGAGCAUUUAGUGGCAAGAGUUGAAAAAUCGAUUUUUUUAAUUUUUUUGCCCAUAGAUCGCUUUUAGGUAGAAAAAGAAAGGUGAUAUAAAUUGUCCCGCCAAAAAGCGUUUUAUCAGUUUUAUUUGGGAGAAAAUAAGAAUAUCGGCUUUCGAGCUCAGAGUCUCAAAGUGGCCUAAUUUUUAACUUGAAAUUCGUUACCAUCAACUUUCCUGGCGUUCGAAAACAAAGCUGCACGGAGAAAUUUGGACACUUCCCAUCGACAGAACAACUCUUUUUCUUUCACUAGAAGAUACUUUCAGGGAAAUAGCGAGACUCGUAGAACUGAAAUAAUUCCAAAAUGAGGAACAAGUUUUCAAGAUAACAAAAAGUUAAGUCUAUUACUCAUUUUCGACCUCAAUAUUUAACGUGUGAUAUAACUCCAAAUUUUCUUCAUCCUAUUUAAAUCACAUAUUUCGAUAUUCAUCUUAAACAUACUUGGGAAUUGGCUUGGCUAUCUAUUAACAAAAAAAAUGAAAGAAAUUGAUUUUUCAACUCCUUCCACGAAAUCAAGAUUUUGCCCGAUUUUUCCUGACCGUCGCUCUUAAUUUACUUUGGAAUAAAAAUCAAUAUGUUCUCUUUUUCUGUAGAUCUGGGGUUUUAUUUGGAACGCGAGGACUUGGAGGAAAUGUAUCAACAUUUUAAGAACGAGGCAGACGCUAAGUUUAAAUCCGGACAUUACCAGGAGGCCAUGCUUUUGUAUGGAUCGUGUCUUAAAAUUGCUCAAAAGCUGGGAGAAAGAAUUCAAGAAGGAGUGGCAAUGGCAAAUCUUGCUAGCUGCUAUUUCGGCGUGAAAGACUAUAAGAAAGCUAUAGAAUUCUAUGAACUCUCCAUGAAUUUUGUGGAAGAGUCAGACAAUGAUUAUAAGGAUUUUGAAGUUCACAUUUAUACGUGUCUUGGUGAUGCGCAUUUUAAACUUAAAAAUUUCAAGAAGGCCAUAGACAACUAUCAAAUUGGUUUAAAAAUUAUCCAGGAAACAGGAGAUGUUGCUGAAAGAGGAAAUAUGUAUAAAAAACUUAGUGAAACUUAUUCUAGAACUGAAGAUUACAAAUGGAUGAUACAUUACCAAGAACUGCGUCUUAAAGCUUCUAAAGAAAUGGGAGACAGAACUGCACAACGCAACGCAUAUUGCCAACUUGCAGCCGCUUGUUACUAUAGCAAGGAUUCUGAGCGGGCAAUACAAUUUUGUGAACUCUAUCUGAAUGAUAUUAAGUUACCAGCAGAAAGAUCUGAAGAAGGAAUCGUCUGUUUAAUUCUCAGCAACGCUUGUCUUAAAACAGGUGACUUCGAAAGAGCUGUAGCCUACCGACAACGUAGUCUGGCUCAAUUAGGGGACAAGACAAGCCAAGGUGACGCAUACAGUACUAUCGGAAAUGCAUACCGCGAUCUUGGUGAUUCAAAGAAAAGUAUGGAAUGGUUCAAGCAGCAUCUCAUCUUUGCAAAAGAAAAUGGCGACAGACCCGGAGAAGGACAGGCGUUGGUAAAUAUCGGUGUCGCGCACUUGAGGCUUGGAAAUUUUAAGGCUGCAAUAACAGACUUUGAACAGUGUCUAGAAAUUGCCAAAGAGAUUGGAGAAAAAACUCGAGAAGCAUCUGCCCUUGAGGGUCUUGGCCUGGCACAUGACUAUCUCGGUCAUUUCAAAGCAGCUAUGGAGUUCUUUGAACUCGAGUUACGACUAGCUCAAGAUACGGGUGACAAGAAACUCGAAAUAAGUUCGUAUUGUAAUCUUGGAAAUACAUGUCUCCACCUAGGUAACUUUAAGCAGGCCUUGGUCUUCCACACCCAACUGUUAAACCUUGUAAAAGAAUCAGGAGACAGGAAAGGAGAAGGAGUCGCAUCUGGCAGUCUUGGUAAUGUUUAUUACAAGCUUGGAUUCUUGAAAGAAGCAAUUGAAAACCACGAGCACCAGCUAGAAAUUGUGAAAGAGCGGAGAGACAGAGAGGACGAAGCAGUAGUUUAUUGUAAUCUUGGAAACGAUUACAGAAGCCUUGGAAACCUGCAAAAAGCUAAACACUACUACGAACGGAAUUUAAAAAUCGCUAAAGAAAUUAAAGCAAAGGCUGUGGAGGUAGGAGUCUACGCUAACCUCGGUAUUGUUUACCGUAAUAUGAAAGAUUUCGAAAAAGCAAUAGAAAACCACAACAGGAAUCUUCAAAUAUGCAAAAAAAUGGGAGACAGGCCUGGGGAGGGACGGGCCUAUGGAAAUCUUGGACUCACUCAUGGUGAUCUUGGAGACUUUGAAAAAGCCCUUGAAUAUCACAAACUUUGUCUUGAAGUUGCUAAGGAAGUAGAAGAUAAAGCUUGCGAGGGAUACGCGCAUGGGAACACUGGCAUCACAUACCUCGCACUAGGUGAUUGCGAAAGGGCUUUACAGUAUCUUGAAUGUCAGAGGAAAAUUGCCAUUGAGGUGGGAGAUGAAAUAGGACAAGUACUCGCUAAUUAUCAUAUAGGAUAUGUCUUUGAGUCAACGGAUUCUCUUUGUAAGGCUCUUCAUUGUUUUGAAUCCAGUGUAAGAAUGCUUAAUGAUAUGAGAACGCGUCUGCUGUCAAACGAGGAGUGGAAAAUUGGCCUGAGAGACGUUUAUAAAAUGGUUUAUGCAGGUUUGUGGAGAGUUCUGAUUAAUCAAGAAAAAAUCACGGAAGGAUUAAUUGCUGCUGAGCAAGGACGCGCACAAUCCUUAAAAGACCUUAUGGAAUCGAAUUAUGGCUUGAAAACGGCUAAUGGUAGACGCACAGCGCAGGAAAUGUCAAUCAAUGACACAUUAAGCUGCGUUUCAUCAGUUAUAGUUUUUACAGCCAAAUGCAGCCACCUCACUUGCCAUUGGGUUUUGCAAAAAGAGAGUGUUUGUCUAAGGAAACUAUCGAUUGCAUACAAUAUACAAUGGAUGCUAGAAGUUGCGCGUGAGAAGAUUGGCGUGAGAGAUGGCGCACAGUGCGAGGAUCGGUCACUGGACAGGUUACGAAACAACGAAGGGGAAAGUGAAGGGUGUGUUCAGAGGCGUCCGGCUGCACUGCCCAAUCAGGAUAAUCCGUUCAGAACAUUGUAUGAUUUGACUAUAAGUCCUAUCAUUGAUUUAAUUCAUGGCGAUGAGCUGAUCGUAGUGCCUGAAGGUCCCUUAUGGUUGGCCCCCUAUGCUGCAUUCAUGGACCCGAAUUCGAGAUACCUCAGUGAAUCAUUUCGAAUUCGUUUUAUUCCCUCUCUGCUCAGUUUGAAACUAAUCUUGGAUUGUCCAGCAGAUUACCACGCAAAGAACGGUGCUCUGCUCGUAGGAGAUCCUUGGGUAGAAGAAGUUAAACUAAAGCAACUCCCAUGUGCAAAGAAGGAAGUGGAGUUAAUUGCUGAAACUCUUCACACUACACCCCUCACUGGUAAAGAGGCGACGAAGGAUGAGGUGCUUAAACAGCUCUCCAAUGUUGCACUAGUUCACAUCGCAGCUCAUGGUCGAAUGGAAACAGGAGAGAUUGCGCUGUCACCAAAUCCUACACGAGCAUCUGAGAAGCCCAGCGAUGAAGACUUUCUUCUAACAAUGAGCGAUGUGUUGAAUGUCAGGCUGCGAGCAAGACUAGUUGUUCUAAGUUGUUGUCACAGUGGUCGUGGGGAGAUCAAGGCAGAGGGUGUGGUCGGCAUUGCAAGAGCUUUUCUUGGAGCUGGUGCUCGUUCCGUUCUGGUGUCACUUUGGGCCAUUGACGACGAGGCCACACUGGAGUUCAUGAAAUAUUUCUAUCAGCAUUUAGCGGAAGGAAAGAGCGCAAGUAAAUCUCUGAGUCAAGCCAUGAAGUUCAUGAGAGAAUCGGACGAGUUCAGCGACGUGAAGUACUGGGCACCGUUUGUUCUCAUUGGAGAUGAUGUCACUCUAGAAUUUCAAGGGAGCCACGAGACGUUUUCCUCGUAA